AGAGCAAUUAAUCGUGUGCAAUUAUUUAGCACAAGUAUUAAAGUGAUUGUGCUACAUAAAGCGUCAUUUGUGUGUAAUAACCAUGGUACAAAGGCAGGUUUUGUCUGUGAUCUUCUUGGCGCUUGUUUCUGCUAAUGUAAUUCAAGCAGGACUGUUACCACUAGGAUUGUUUCAUGAAAAUUUUCUAUCCAAUUUUCCGGAUGGUUUCAGCGGUUUUGGAUUACCAUAUUUAAAAAACUUACGAAUAUUUCCAAAAAUGUUUGGCUUAGGCGAUUCAUUCAGGUCUCUAUUUGCAAAUAGAGGAAUAAUGCCAAGUAUUACGAGCCCCGCAAUUGUAAACGGAAUUGCAGAUCCUGUUGCAAACGGUAUUCUAUCUUCGGAAGAUAUACCUAAUGUUGGUCAUUUAAUAAAACCAAAUUUUUUUAUGAGACAUUUCUUAGGCAAUUAUGGAAUAGGAGGUCCUACAGGUGUAUCCUCUCCAUUCAGAGCUAGUUCUACUUCAGCUGCUAGUUCUACUUCAGCUGCUAGUUCUACAGUUUGAAUUUAAGCUUUUAAAUUUUAAAAUAUAUAAACUGAAACUACUAAUUAUACUGUGUGUCAGUGUUAUAUAUAUUACAG